AGGUGAGAGGCGGUGAUCUUAAAGCAGUGGCAGCGAAUAUUUGAACUUCUGCAACGCGCCCACACAGGUCCUUUUAACGCAUCACGCUCUGUCAACUGGCUUCCACCGACAAUUUGCUAGAUGUACUUUAGCAGCAGGCCAGACACAACAGAAAUUAUGCGUUGGUAACAAAUAACAAUACGUAUUGUCAGAGAUGUCUUGGUGAUAAGCUUCUAAGUUAUCAUUAAUAGAAUCUGGGGAUUGGAUUUCGAUGAUAUAAUUUCAGUAGUUUACGUGGAUCUGAAUUUUUAAGAGUUAGUUACAACUCGGGAAAUUCAGUUUUGCUGCAUGACACCCCUUAUUUCUGCAUGUAUACACUUCAUGGAUCUACAGUUCAAGUGAUGUAACGCGUCCAGGAUGAGUUUUAUGAGCUUCUAUCGAACUGAUGAGUACACAGCGACGGAAACAAAAAAAGUAGAAUUUCUGCGGAUGCUGGAAAUCCGGAGUAACGCACAUAAAAUGCUGGAGGAACUCAGCUGGUCAAACAGCAUCGAUGGAGAAGACCAGACAGUCGAAAUUUCAGGCUGAUACCCUUCAUCAGUACUGGAAAAGAAGCGGGAAAAGCCAGAAAAACAGACGCUGGUCUCCCUUAUUUAGACGUAUCUUGUCACUUUUCAACAUUUCGUUUGAUUGUACUUCCUUUACAAUCUUUUUUUUUGGAAACUGGACAGUUAAUAAGCUUCAUAAUGUGAUUGAUUAGUUGAACUAUUUCUAGGAAAAUGUUUGAUUCAUUGGCUAUUAACAUAACCUUGAGUUCUCAGAUAAUUAAUGUUUUCUGUUUCAAAACAAUUCAAUUUUUAUUAGUAAUGAUAUUCAGAACAUUUGGAGAAUGAUCUAAGGGUUAAUAUUGCACAAUUUUAUAAUGGUGAAUUCUGAAAAUAAUUUAUAGUCCAUCUAAUUUAAUAUAUAAUGAUUUAGAAGAUGCUGGAAAAAUGAUAGCAAGCCAAGGUAAACAUAAUUUUCAGUGCCCAUCUUAAAAAGUAAUUUCUGAUUAUGGUGCCUUUGAAUCAGACUAUGCAAUGAUUUAUGAUGCUCUGAUGUUUGCCUUGUGAAACAGGGAGCUGACUGGUUACCUUUCAACUAUUGUAAAAAGCUUGGGAUAAUGUUCCAUGAUUUCACUCCAUUAUUGGAGUGAUUUAUGGUCUGGCUGUGCCCUCAAGCUUCGGGGAUCCACAAUAGUUAUAAUUAGAAAUUAGUUAGUACCUUCUUCCUUAAACUUUUUAAACACUUUAAUUUUUACUUUUUGUUCCCAGCUUUCAAUCUUUCUUUCCCUUGAAAGGAAGGCAAGGCAGAAGCUGACUGCAAACUGAUAAAUGUACAAGUGAAUCAUAAGAGUUUUACAGUGUUUAAAGGGAAUGGAAUAGUCAAGGCAAAUGUAGGUCCUGUACAGACAGUGACAGGAGAUUUGAUAAUGUAGGCAUCCGUUAGUCUCGGGAGUCCAUUUGUGCCUUGGAAAGUUUCCAGGGUGCAGGCCUGGGCAGGGUUGUCUGGGAGACCGGCAGUUGUCCAUGCUGCAAGUCUCCCCUCUCCACGUCACUGAUGUUGUCCAAGGGAAGGGUAAGGGCCGAUAACAGAAGAGAAAUUAGCAACUAGUUUCUGUCCAUCCUCACAAAGAAACAUAUACAAUAUAGAUCAGUUGAAGAAAUGGGGAGAGAUGGCAGAUGGAGGUUGACUCAGAUAAAUGUGAGGUGCUGCACUUCAGUAGAGCAAAUGCAAGGAGACAAUACACUGUUAAGAGCAAGGUCCUUAACUGUGUUGCUAAGCAGAGAGAUCUUGGGAUCCAAGUUUAUAGCUUCUUGAAGGUAGCCACACAAAUGGAUAAGGUGAUUAAGAAGGCUAAUAGAAUGCUUAUUUUAUUUGUCAAGGCACUGAAUUCAAAAGUCAGGAGGUUAUGCUGCAACAUCUGGUUAGGCCACAUCUGGAGUAUUGUGUACAGUUCUGGUCACCCUACCGUAGGAAGGAUGUCGAGGCUUUGGAGAGGGUGCAGAAGAGGUUUACCAGGAUGCUGCUUGGUUUAGAUGCCAUAUGCUAUCAUGAGAAGCUACCUAAACUUGGGUUGUUUUCUCUGGAGCAUUGAAGGCUGACGGGAGAUCUGAUAGAGGUUUAUGAGAGACAUAGAUAGAGUGAACAGAGGGUAUCUGUUUCCCAGUGCUGAAAUGUCAAAUACCAGAGGGCACUCAUUGAAGGUGAGAUGUGGUAUGUUCAAGGCGGAUGUGAGGGGUAAAUUUUUUUACAGAGAAUGGUGGAUGCCUGGAAUGCACUGCCCAGUAUGGUGGUAGAGGCAAAUACAUUAGAGGCUUUUAAGAGACAUCUGGAUAGGCACAUGGAUGUAAGGAAGACGGAGGGACAAUGUAGGUAGGAGGGAUUAGUGUUUGGGUGUUUUGAUUUGCUUUUUAGCUGGUUCAGCACAACAAUGUGGGCCGAAUGGCCUGUUCCUGUGUUGUACUCUUCUACCUUCACAAAAGAAGAAAUACCAGAAAAUCAAGGUUCUGGUAAAAAUAAAUCACUAAGAAGUAAGUAUUGCAGCCAUAUAAAACUUUAAUUUGGCCACAUUUGGAAAACUGUGUGUAGCUCUGGUCAGCUCUUGACAGUAAGGUGUCUUUGAAGAGGUCGUCUGGAUUAGAGUGUUUGCUAUAAGGAGAGCUUGGACAAAUUUGGUUGUGGGGUGACCUGAAAAAAUGUAUAAAAUUACAAGAGGCAAAUUAUGAGAGGCAGGGUCUUUUCCCAGAGUGGAAUGUCAGAUACUGAAUGUCGUAUUUUUAAGGCGAGAGGGAGAAAGUUUAAAGGAGAUUUACGAAGCAAGUUUCUUACUCAGAAAGUAGUAGGUGCCCACAGGACGCAUUGUUAUGUGAAGCAGUGGAAGGAGGUAUGAUAGCAAAGUACAGAGGCACAUAGACAGGCACAUAAAGAGACAGUAAAUGGAGGAAUAUCAAUAAUAUGCAGGCCAGUGAGAUUAGCUUAAAUUGGCAUAAAGGCAUUGUCUGCUGAAAGGCUUAUCCCUGUGCUUUUUUCUAUUUUCUAUGUUUUAUUAGUUAACAAGGAAGUAAUAGGACAUUAGAUAAAAGCCAAUAAAUCCUAAGAACACAAUGAUCUACGUUCCUGUGUUUGACAAAAGUGGUAUAGUGAAUUCUGUGGAUCGUUGACAGCUAAUGUGAUCCAACUAUUUAAGAAGAAAUAAUAGAGAGAGGAAACACGAUAUUAUUGACAUGGUUAGUCUAAACUUCAGUGGUGGGGAAGGUGCUGGAGUCUAAAGUGAAGGAUGUAAUAACAAAAUACCUUGAAAAGGUUAGUAGAAUUAAGCAGAAUCAGCAGGGAUAUAUAUGAAAGGGAAGUUAUGUUUGACCAAUCUACAGGAGUUCCCCUGAAGAUGAGGCUAAAGGAAUAAAUAAGGGGCAAACCAGCUGAUAUGGUGCCGGAAUGCACAUAGAAAGAGUGAUACAACUUUGUAAUUCUUUACCCCGUAGGACAAUGGAGGCUCUGUCAUUAAAUUAAUUCCAAACCAAGAUUGACAGAUUUCUGGAUAUUAAUAGAUUUAAGAGAUUUGGGCAUAACACAGAAUUAAAGGCAUUAUGGAGGAUAAUCAUCAUGAUGAAUGGUGGACGAGGCUCAAGAGAUCCAGUGGCUAUUUUAGCUUUUAUCUUUUUUUAAUGUCUUUUUUUAUUUAAUUGGUUCCAGAGCUGGUUUGCUCAUUUGCCAAGAUCUCAAAUGCCCUUGUCCUCUCUGCACUAUAAUAAAAAUCUUAUAAUUUCUUCAUUAAUUAUGCUGGAAGGUUACACCUCCUCCACCAAAUUCUUCAUCAGUAUAGUAUGAAACAGGCUGGUUCUGUUGUUGGGUUCUUGACUUAAACUCUCUUCCUCUUUCCACAGAUCCGAUCGCACUUCCUGAGCAUGAUGAAUAUUCUCUGUUUUAAUUUCACAGUUCCAUUAUCUGCAGUAUUUUGCUGUAAUUGUGUUAGUUAAUGCAAUGCCUUGACAAAGGAAGAGAUCACGUUAUCUGAUAAUAUUCUUGACAGUGAAUAGUAUCAUGAAUGAAUGUAUUGAAGCAAAGAAUUUAUUUCUUAUAUUAGAUUUCACAGAGAUAUUGAUGAAAGGAUGUACUUCAUUAUCUAGCACUGUUUUCAGAGUUGGCUAUUAAGAGCCAGUGUAACCUUUUUUUUACUUACUUUGUCACUUUUAAUUUUAAUUUUACUAUAUAGCAGGAUUUUUAGAAGCAAUUAUUGUUAACAGGACGAAAUGCAGUCAACAAUCCAAACUAAACAAAGCUCUUUGCUGUUAUGGCUUAUGGUAUCCACUGAUUAAACCUGUUUAGUCAUAAGGAAGACUAAAGAUUUUAAAAACACAGGUGAGCCUGCUGAACCACAGCCAGCAGAGAGAACAGUACCUCAUAGAUGAUAAACAAUAAGCAAUUUGUCAAGAUGGCUAGGAAAGCAACAUCACAUCUUUGAAACGGAGUCUUGGACUUGCAGCUGGAAGGAUUUGCUUUCUGUCGAUGAUGCUAAGUUCAAAGUAAAAUGCUAACCUACUGCUAACAUGAAUGGGAUGGUAUCAAUUGUUUCUUACUUGGGACUAGUAAAUGGAAGGUACUAAAUGAUAAGGAUUUGUCAUCAUGAUUUAUGGGAGGCUGUUUGAAAGGACUGUCACUGAUUGCGAACUUAUCAACAUAAACGUGGGAGGAUACAAACAGAGAAUCGACCAACAGACCCUGCUACGGUUUCCUCACACCAGGUUAGGAAAACUGCUGAAGUGUGACACCGAGGAGGAUAUUUUAGAGCUCUGCGAUGAUUACAACGUUGUGGACAAGGAAUUUUACUUUGAUCGGAAUCCGUGCCUGUUCCGGUACAUUCUGAACUUCUACUACACAGGGAAACUGCAUGUCAUGGAAGAGCUCUGUGCAUUUUCUUUCAGUCAAGAGAUUGAGUACUGGGGGAUUAAUGAACUUUUUAUUGACUCCUGCUGCAGCAACAGGUACCAAGAGAGGAAGGAGGAUGUGGUGGAUAAAGAUUGGGAUCAGAAAAGCGAUGAGAGUAUUGACUCUUCCUUUGAGGAGCUGUCAGUCUUGGAUAAAGAUAUAGAUAACUUUGAGAACAUGUGGUGUGGAAAACUAAGGAUGAAUAUGUGGAUCAGGUUAGAAAAUCCUGGACAUUCACUCUCAGCCAAAAUCUUCACAAUCGUAUCAUUGAGUGUGGUCCUGAUAUCCAUUGUGGCCAUGUGCAUUCACAGCAUGCAUGAGUUCCAACAAUUUGAUGCAAACGAUAAGAUGAUAGUUGAUCCUGCUCUAGAAGGACUGGAGAUUGCGUGUAUUAUUUGGUUCACCACAGAGUUUAUUGUGAGAUUCUCAGUUUCACCGUGUCUAAAAAAAUUCUUCAAAAAACCCCUGAACCUUAUUGAUUUUAUUUCAAUCUUACCUUUCUACUUUACGUUGACCUUGGAGUCAAUGGAUGAGGACAGUGAAGAGUUAGAAAAUGUGGGUAAGGUGAUUCAGAUCCUGCGUUUAAUGAGGAUAUUCCGUAUCCUAAAACUUGCCCGACAUUCAGUUGGGUUGCGAUCGCUGGGAGCCACACUCAGGCACAGCUACCAUGAAGUUGGGCUCCUACUCCUCUUCUUGACAGUUGGGAUCUCUAUAUUCUCUGUGCUUGCUUACUCAGUUGAAAAGGACGAAAGUGAGUCCGGCCUUCACAGUAUUCCAAUGAGCUGGUGGUGGGCAACUAUUAGCAUGACCACCGUUGGGUAUGGGGACACAUACCCUGUCACACUGCUAGGAAAGCUCAUUGGAAGCAUUUGCAUUAUAUGUGGAAUUUUGGUAGUGGCUCUGCCCAUUACUAUCAUUUUCAACAAGUUUUCCAAGUACUACAGGAAGCAUAAGAUGGUGGACAUUGACCGUUGCAAUGCAGAACUUGCAGAAAGUUGUCCUGAUUUACCUUAUGUGAACAUUCGAGACAUAUAUGCCAAAAACAUGCACUCUUUCAUAGCUAGCAUCUCUUCUAUGGUUAGCACUGAUGCCAGUGAUCGCACCACAGAUGCUUCUAGCAUCCAAGAUCUUGAAACUGUUCAUAACAGAGCAACAUUUGAGAACUGAAUACGUACACCUUUUUUUUUUUGGCUUGAACCUCUGCUUUCCUGAUCAAAUUAUGUUCUAUGAUUCAGUUAUUUGUUGCACUUUAAGGUACUCAGGGUAUUAUAUGUUUGACAGACAAUAUCUAUUUAAUUGAUUGUAAUAUCUUCAUGAACAUGAAAGAAGCAUGUGAAUUAUUUUACUGACUUCGACUUUAUGCAAGUAUACAAUGUUUUGUCUGUUUCUAAAAGAAUUGUCAAUGCAAUUAUAAAUUCAGUAAAAUCAAAGACAUAUGAUAAAGAC